CGACGCUUUCCCUGAAACGAAACAGAAAUCCUGAAGAUUCUCCUUAAAGGUUUUCUGGUCGCGGGUGGCUGGAGCCAAUCCCAGCUGCUGCGGGCGAGGGCGGGGCACACCCUGGACAGGUCGCCAGUCUGCCGCAGGGCUACACAGAUAGAUGCACAACCAUUCACGCUGACGUUCACACCUCGGGGCAAUUUAGCGUGACUAUGCAUGUUUUAAGACACAGGAACCCCGUUAAAUUUAAGAUUUUAAAUUGUUAAUAGGUAAUGUACAAAAUGUUUGGAUUGAUUUCUAGGUAAUAAAUGUGGCAUAAAAAAAUCAAAUGGUUGAACAGCUUAGAGGACUUUAUCACUGAAUCGAAAAAAACGUACAAGUUUUGGGGCUCCAUUUAAAAGAAACCCAGUAUGAAGCAUGCCAACAAGAAUUAUGAUUUUAUGGAAAUUGUUUUUUCAGGAAACACAAAAAGUGGAUUUUCUUUUGACAUGUAAAACAUUUGCACUCUGAUGAAAUAAUUGAAUGCUGAAUGUGCAUGUGACAAGUUGUCUCUGUCUAUCUUCAUGCUCUGUGAAAUGAACAAGCUGGGGAAAACUGAUACUACUAUCUAACAGUGAAACAGUGAACAGUAUGAGCCUUAAGUGAUGCGAAAACAGAUUCAUGAAUAUGAAAUGUAAAAGCGUCUUAACAUAUUGAUGAGUUUAGCUCACAUGAUGAAAAAAAAUUUUUUUUAUUUGGGAUUCACUGGUCAUUUCAUUGUCAAAUAAGCCUUGAGUCAAAGCAUGAAAAACAUGGUUUUUUUCCACCUGUUAAAUUUGUAGACAUGUCAUUUGAUGCAAUUUUCGACAAAAACUGUUGUGGUGGUUGCACUAUGGAAGUUUCAAAGAAAACAGAUAUGAAAAAAACUUCAAAAAUAAACAUCCAUUUUGAGUUGAUCAAUUUAUUGUUUUGUGAAAUGGAAAACAGGUAAGAGUGUGUUGACUAUUGUUAUAUUGUGUCUCACGCAAACACUCCAACAGCUUUUUACAGGGAUGGCGAGCAGGAAGCGGAGACCUAACUGGACGGAUGAGGAGUCUCUUCUUCUUGCUACGUUGCUGCAAGACAAGAAGGAUGUGAUCCGAGGGAAGAGCAGCACUGGAGUGUUGCCACAAGACAGGAAACAAGCCUGGGAGGAGAUCGCCAAAACCAUCAACGAUACCUUUCCAGAGAGUCAUCGCACCGUGUUGGACUGCAACAGAAAAUGGGAAAAUCUGCUUGCGAAGGCAAAGGAGGAGAUAAAACGAAAAAGAAGGGAUGCGAAUCAGACUGAAGUCCCGUCCCUUAACAACUUCAGUGCUGUGAGCCAAAUAGUUAUUUCUGUCAUGAACUUUUCUGAAACGCUGCUAAAAGACGACUGGAUCCACAAACCUGGCCCUGACAAAAAUGAAAAAGAGCACACAACAAAUAAAAAAGUCACAAACAGGCAUUCUGUUCUCACCAACUCUGAAGGAGAUCCGGAGGAUUCUUGCUUGACUUCUGUGCAGUCAGUUCAGUGCAGGACUCUGCAGGAGCGGAGGGAUUUGGAGAUGUCGGUGCUGAGAAGACAAGAGACAGUCCUCCGGCUCCAAGAGGAAUAUUACACACUUAAACUUAAGAUGAUGAAAAAGCAAAUGGAGGAGUCAGCUGAAAAGGAGUGACGAUCACCUGGAACCGCAGGACAACCGAGGCUCCUGGUUGGAGGCUGCAUGAGGAGCAGCGAGGCCCUGCACCCUGACUCAGCUCUUCUGUUUUUCUAUCGUUUUGUAAAUGUUGUAGAUUAUUCCCAGUAUAACUUUUAGUUCAAUUUGUAGCUUUAAGUUUGAGUUGUCAUGUUUUUAGGUGUUUGUCUUUUUUAGUCCAGUAUUUUGUUUGCUUUUGGCCUUUGGUCCAUCUUGAAGUUUUGUUGCGAUUGUUUUCAGGGUUGCAGUUUAAGGGAUUUUUGUAAUGUGUGUCUGCUUUGUUUGUUUGUAAAUAAGAAAAAAACAACACAAUAUAAGUGACUUUUCUGAGUAGGAAAAACGACUCCCUCUGCUUAUUUUCCCUGAAUUUUAUGCUCCAUGCCCUCGAUCGGGGCAUAACAGGCUGUAACACCCAGAGCGUUGAA